UCUGAUUUUUUCAUGAAUAUAAGUGGCACUGUUCUGCUAUCUUUCUGCGUCCAUAUCUUCUUCGUGUGUGUCAGGAGGGGACUGCUUUCCGUCAGUACACCACUCAGGCUCUUCAGCAUCAAAGUAGGCAUCCUCGCCAUCUUGCUGCUGAGUCUCCACACUGUCAUACAGCUCAUCAUGGUCCACGGAGCUGUAGUCAAACCCGGCAUCCUCUCCUCUCAGGAAACUGAGCUGCAUUGCCUGGAGAAACUCCCUCCUCAUUUCCUUCUUUGUCUCCUCUGAGGCAUCUUCCACCCUCUCCCUCUCACUCUCCUCUCCACUAGAACUAUCCUCUUCCUCCACCACCUCUUCCUCUCUCUCUCUCUGUUGCCUCUCUCUCUCCCUCCUCUCGUCCAGCCUCAUUCUCGUCAUGAUGAAAGAAGAGAGAGUCAUGUCCGACGUGCGUCCUCCGUCGAACUCGGCCAGCUCUUCCUCAGUCAUGUACUGACCCACAUACUGCUGGAACAGUAGCGGGUUUCUCGUCCUCAUCUCAUCCUGAGAGAAAUAGUCGGUUUUCUCCAUCAGCUCCUUCAUGCACUGGUAGCGCCUGUUGCUCGUCCUCUGCCGUCUGUUCUCGGGGACCAGAUCACUCGCCAGGUGCCUCACUCUGAACUGAACCUCAUAGUCAGAGCUCCCGGAGAAGAAGGCCAGGUCAGUCUGGUCCAGAACCCUCCCAAACCUCAUUAGGAAGACCCCAGGUUUUUCCAGGAGGAAAGAGAGGUAAGACACCUUCUCUUCCUCUGACAGGUCAGGCUCUCCUUUCUGCUGAGGCUUUAUGGUCAGUCCAGACCCCAACACCUUCUGGAAUAUUCUCCCCCGGGGGCUCCCCGGGGGCUCAAUUUUAGACCUUGUUGCCGGGGUAGCUUCGGCCAUUACGUAAUUUAUUUUUAACCCUCUCCCGCCGCCACGUGCAAAAACUGCGUGGAAAAGCGAGGAAGACCAAGUGGAAAGCUUUUUGAAGUCAUGGCAGAGGCUCCAAGCCAUGUGGACGUCUGGCUGGGCUCGUCUCUGGGCUUGAUGAAAGGCGUUACUCUGGACCCUCUGCGCUGCACCAACUACCUGCCGGGCGGCCUGAGUGUCUCCCAGACCGACAAGAACCACGAGAUGCUGUGCAUGUGUCGACAGAGGGAGACUCUGUAUGUUGGACUGAGGAGAGGAGUCGUUCAGGCCUUCGACUCCCAGCUGAAGAGAUUCACCUUGGAGUGUGACGUCACUUCCGGUGUAGGGACCCUAGUGGGCGUGGCAAGACAUGAUCAGAUCUUGAUAACCUGUACUGAUAGAGGCUCGCUCUCAUUUUGGCCUCCAGAGGAGAAAAAGUGGGAGAGAGAGGUUGGGAAGGAGACGUGUUGCAUGGCUGUCACCGACUCCCCUGACUCCCGAGUGGCCACUGGAGGGAGAGAGAACCCACUGAAACUGUGGGACACAAGUCAGCUAUCUCACACUCCAAUAUUUACCGCCAAGAACGUGAGACCAGACCGGCUUGGUCUGCGGGUACCAGUGUGGGUUAACAGAGUGGUCUUCAGUCCAGACCACAGCGGUCCCCAGUCCAUUCUGGUGACGGGAACGGGGUACGGGGAGGUGAGAAUGUACGAUACCAGGGCCCAGAAAAGACCUCUGCUUAGAACUGAGUAUGGGGGUGAACCCAUCACUGCUCUUACCAUGUCACCAGAUGGCAGGUAUUGUGUGGCAGGGAACAGUGUAGGGGAGCUGGUAAGGUUUGACCUGAGGGCAGGGGGAGGUGUGGCUGGGAGAUACAAGGGGUUUGGAGGGGGAGUGACAGCAGUGGAUGUCAGUGGAGAUGGUUCAAUUCUGGCAGCUUGUGGUCUGGACAGGUACCUCAGGACCUACUCUCUGGACCGGCCUAAACUACUGCAUCAGGUUUAUGUGAAGUUGCAGUGUCGCUGUCUAACAAUCGGUGAGAACUACCCUCGAGCCAACGAUGGUGGAGAGGUGCAGAGUGAGGGGGAGAAGGAAGGUGAUGACAGUGACGAGGAAGAUGUAUGGGCAUCAAUGGCCACAGUGGGAGAGACCACAAGAACUGGUAAUUUGAGAAAUGAAAGAACUAACAUCCUAAACCCUUUGUCCUUCCCUCUGCAUGUACACGAGAGUUAAAUGCCAAGACUGUGGAUUGUAGGGUGUCACUAUUGUCGUUUGUUCUCAUUCAGUUGAAGGAGUUGGCAAGAGAAGAGCUCGGGGUAGUCCUCCUGCCAGCAAGAGAGGAAGACCUGACAACUCUCCUAGUCAGCAAGCUAGCAAACUCAACAGACACUCUAGUAGUAAGUCCUGAUAUGGAAGCCAAUUUAUAUACACAUAAAUCUCAUGAUAUGAUAGUCUGUGUGCUGCGUGCAUGUGACAAGCACGUGACUAAGAGUCAAAAGAAGUUGUAGCUGUCUCCAGCUCAUCUCCAUUUAAAUCCUCAUCCUUUUUCCUUCUCCAUCUCCUCUCCCU